UAUCAUUAAUCUAACACACAUGAGAUUGUCGAAGGCUGUUAAAUUUCUGUGUGUUCAGACACAGCCUUCGAGUAGCAUGUGACUCACGGUGGAAAAGAGCGAGGAGCUUGAAUCUGCACACGUGUCUGUCUUCCUUUCUGUCAGCGAGCAGAAAGCAAUAUGGGAAUCCUCAGAGGACUGUUUUUGAAGCGCAAUACUAGGGAGUGGGCGUGGCUUGGACGUAAGGGCGUGGCUUAGAUGAGGGCGUGGCCUCGAAGAAUCACUGUUUUUUUUUAAGCUCGGAGAGAAACUUUGAGUUUUGCGAUUGGAAAUGACGGGAAUACUGAGAUGGCUUGAGCAGUUUCUAAAAAGCUCUGUCUGUUCUCCUGUUCCUCCCUGUGUCGCGUCUGCAGAUCGUAUGGACUGUGCGUAGGCCUUGUGCUUCAGUGUGGAGACCUGGGUCACCUCCAGGCCAAGGUGGCUCCUCCAGACCGGGUGUGAGAACACAGAAAACAUGUGUUCAGAGUAGUUCGGUUCCAGUUCACUGGGCAGGCUGAAUGCGCAGGCCCACGACCUUGCAGGCAGUUCCAGCUGUGAUGAAAAUAUGCGGCAUGGAAAGAGAAUGCAGAGAAGCUGGGAGAGAGGGGGCAGCAGAAGCGAGGUCAGCACUGUGGUGUGAGGGACGGUGUGGUCGCACUCAGAAACAUCUCAGAGAGUGUAAAUCUAAAACGUGUGUUAAACUUAACACUACAUUCUUUUAUGAAAAAAAUCCACUAAUAUCUUCCUAAAUGAUGGUCCUAUGGGGCAUGCAUAUAUAUAUAAAAUGAAUGUAUGUAGAAUAUGCAUACAGAAAAGUAUUCCUAGGCAGUAUAUGACCAAUAUCACAUUUCUCCAUCAGUCUGGAGUAUCUAGUUCUUGACUUUGGUUUUUUGAUAGGAUUUUGGUCUCCAUUCUACCCUCUUCACAUGUCUCUGGGGCUGUGAAUCUGCUCUCAAACACCUGACUGUGCACCUGCCACUCAUUCACCUGAGCUGUCUGGCUCCACACACCUGACUGUGCACCUGCCACUCAUUCACCUGAGCUGUCUGGCUCCACACACCUGACUGUGCACCUGCCACUCAUUCACCUGAGCUGUCUGGCUCCACACACCUGACUGUGCACCUGCCACUCAUUCACCUGAGCUGUCUGGCUCCACACACCUGACUGUGCACCUGCCACUCAUUCACCUGAGCUGCCUGGCUCCACACACCUGACUGUGCACCUGCCACUCAUUCACCUGGGCUGCCUGGCUCCACACACCUGACUGUGCACCUGCCACUCAUUCACCUGAGCUUUCUGGCUCCCCCUCUGUAAGAUACCUAGACUUACAAAUCAAUCUGUUUCUCAUCCAUUUUCAUCUUCAGGCCGGGCUGUUUUGCCUUGUCCAUAUUACUAAUAGAUCACUUUAAAGCACUUUAAAGCUAGAAUAAGGGGAAACAACGGUAUUGACCCACUGUAGCUCAUAAAUGUUAUUUCUCAUUUAAAUCCCCACGAAGAAGCUAACAGGAUGGUAAAGAAACUGAAUGGGCAUCUUUCCCACCAAGCAGUGAUGCCACGUUAGAGCCCCAGAGAUUGUUAGCUGGUUCUAACAGGAGAGCACAGCUACUCAGGUCGCAUUGAGAGAAGAAUGGCUCUUCUCCAUGGGAGAAGGUUAUCUUCCUUGAUUAAGCAUAAAGCCUCUGGAGAGAUACACAGAGAGGUGGGGAAGAGAAGGAAAGAACCAGGUAGCCCUACCUAGAUCUGCUGAAUCAACCCUGGUGAUCAACUGGGUGGCAGAUGUCAUAGCUGUUACUCAAACCCUAGACUGCUUAUCACAGGAUGUCAACUAAUUUGAAUCUCGGAUCUUUCAGACUGGAGAGAGGUUUUGAAUUUAGUUGGCUCUUUUCAGUCCUUUUAAAAAAAAUAUUUAUUUAUUUAUUUAAUGUAUGAGUAUGCUGUAGCUGUCUUCAGACACACCAGAAGGGGGCGCCAGAUCUCAUUACAGUUGCAAGCCACCAUGUGGUUGCUGGGACUUGAACUCAGGACCUUCGGAAGAGCAGUCAAUGCUCUUAACUGCUGUGAUAUCUCUCCAGCCCAAGGCUUUUCCCUCUUAACAGGGUGAUUCUACACUGUUUUGAUUAUUCUCAUCGCUUAUAGUAUUUAGUUGAGGGUCCUGUCAUAUUCUGGGUUGAGACUUCCUCAUGAUCAACCUUCUAAGUCCAGAUGGGUGUCUUAGGGUUUCCAUUGUUGUGAAGAGAUACCCGGACCAAGGCAACUCUUAGAAAGGCAAACAUUUAAUUGGGGCUGGCUUGCAGGUUUAGUCCUACUAUCAUAACAGGAAGCAUGGUGGCAUACAUGCAGACAUGGUGCUGGAAAAGGAGCUGAGAAUUCUGCGUCUUGAUUGGAAGGCAACCAGGAGAGACGGGCAUCCUCAGGCAGCUAGGAGGAAGCUGUCUUUCUGCAAUAGGUGGCGCCUGAGCAUAGCAGGAGACCUCCAAAGCCCACCCCCGCAGUGACUCACUUCCUCAGACAAGGCCACACCUAACAGUGCUACUCCCUGUGGGCCAAGCCUAUUCAAACCACCACAAUGGGGAAACCAUGUUAUAUGAAUGACAUAGAUGCUGAUCACUGUUUUUUACUGGUCUCAUUGGUGGUCACCAAGUUAUAAGAGGAGGGUAGGGAGUGGCCGAAGAUCUGAAAUGUCCAUUUGUUGAAAGCUGCCAUUUUAUUUGUUAAUUGUACGGUCAUUUAUAUAACUGUCCUCUAAAGUGGUGGUCUGAGACCCUUUGGAAACCAACCGACCCUUUCACAGGGGUCACCAAAUACCACCAGAAAAUAUAUAUACAUCACAAUUCAUAAUAGUAGCAAAACAAAAUAGCAAUGAAAAUAAUUUUAUGAUUGUGGUCACCAAAACAUGAGGAACUGUAUUAAAGGGUUACACUGUUAGGUUGAAAACCACCACUCUAGAGGAAAAUGGUCACUUAAAAAUUGUUCACGACAUAUGUCUCGGAUUCUCUGCUGAUCUUUUCCCUCAGAGAUGCCAUGAAGAUGUCCUGUGUUUAAUAGUGAGGUGUCAGAUAGGCUUGCUUCUGGGUCUGCCUUUAUCUAGUAUGUCAAAACACCAGCCAGGCGGUCAGCCACGAGAUGAAAAGCUCUUAAGAAAGCUAUGUUUUAGAUCCUCCUUAAGUUUCUAGCCAACAAUCUACUUAGUUUGGGUCUUAGUUGACCCCAUCAGUCACCCUAGCGAUGUGUUUAUACUUCUAGGGUUGCUUUUAAGUUGGUUUGACUUCAUGAAAGUAGGGAGAUUUCUGGGGUUGGGGAUUUAGCUCAGUGGUAGAGCGCUUGCCUAGCAAGUGCAAGGUCCUGGGUCCCCAGCUCCGAAAAAAAGAAAAGAAAAAAAAGAAAGAAAGAAAGUAGGGAGAUUUCUAUAUUUAUGUGUAGGGUCCACUUUCAUGUUCAACAAACAACCGUAGAGAAGAUGCUUAAAGUAAUACUGGAUUUAGUCCCGAGUUGUGUGGUACUUUGACUGGAGUUCUACCUACCAGGACCAAUGUCUUCAUUACUUUUCUAUUGCUGUUAAUAAUACUCUGACAAAGCACCUUAAGUGAGAAAGGGCUUAUUUUGGAUCCCUGUACCGCAAGUGUACACAGUGGGGAAGACAUAGUCGCAGGGACAGGAAGUCAACUGGUUACAUGCACCACACAGAGGACAGAGUGGACAGGAAGUGAGGCCACCUUGUGGUUCCUACCUAGUGACUCGUUUCCUCCAGUAAGCUCCACUCUUCCAGGUUCCAUAACUUGUUCCAACAGUGCCACCCGUUGGAGAUCGAAUGCUCUAACACCUUUAUCUGUUGAGGUAAAGUCCAAACAACAGAAUACCAUGUAAUUUUCAGAACUGGUGUAGGUGAUAAGGUAUAGGUGACAAACUGAGCAUGAAACUAGUACUCAAUGAUCUGAUAUCAAUAGAAAGCUUCAUCGAGUCUUAGUGACUACUGUACAAAGGUGAUGAUGAUUUUAAGUGUCUACAGAACAUCAAAGCAAAGGGUUAGCCCUUCCUUCACAUAGUACAAUUGUAGAAUGUUGGUUGUGUUAUGUUUGCCCUAGUAAUUCAACAUCACCCUCAGUGUCUCUCCAGUGUAAAGAUACAUGGAUACUUAAAAUUUGUUAAAAGUGGAACAGUCAAACAUUUGAGUGCUGUCUUUGGUCUCAGUGUGUGUCUACAUACACGUGUCUACAUACUGUGUCUCUGGGAGGAGGGCAUAUGUCCUUAUCAGCAUGUAGAAUGUAUGACAGAGAUAUUUUGGCAUCAGACCAUAAAGACCUCAAGAAGGUAAGAGUUACCUCUUGGUAUUGUUUGGUGAUUAGCUCCAAGAGCCCCCCCCCACCCCAACAGUUAUAAAAUCCAUGGAUUAUUAACCCCUUAUGUAAAAUGGUGUGGUAUUCAUAAGCAAUCUGAUCACACCUUCCUGCAUACUUUAGCUCUUCUCUAGAUAGCUUAAUACCAAUUUAAGAUACAGUCCAAGUAACUAUUACACUGUAUUGCUAAAGAAUGCAUAUUCUGUGUACAUCAAAUACAGACAAUUUAACAGUAAUUUUUGACCUGUGGUGGGUUGAAUUGAUGGAUGCAGAAAUUCACGAAUUUGGAGGACUGGCUUUACUGUUUGAGAUGUCUUCUUCAAAAUUACUUUAAUAAUUUUGCCUGUGAAAAUAAAUAAAAUGAAAUAGCCCAUGAAAGGCUUCCAUGACGCUCCAGUGUUGGCCGAGAAGUGUUUUUUCCUGUUAGGAAAGACUGCUGCAUCUUUCUAUUUAAGUUAAAACCCAGCCUAUAGAGUUAGACCCGAGUUCAGGUUCUACUGAAGACUAUUUUGAAGCAUCUGACAUCUUCUUGAGACAGGGUUUCUCUGUGUAUCUCUGACUGUCCUGGAAUUCAUUCUGUAGACUGGGCUGGCCACAGACUCAGAGACCUGCCUGUCUCUGCCUCCCGAGUGCUGGGAUUCAAAGGCGUGCGCCACCACGCUCAGCUGAGUUUUCUAUUACUAUUAUGGUAUAACAGGUCACCAAGACCUUAAUGGCUUCAAACAUCCAUUUCUUAGCCCAUGGUUGUAUAGAGCAGCAGGAGUCUCUCCGCUCAGCUUUGUGUGAAAGAGACAUUAAGGCAUCAGCCAGAGUUUUAUCUGGAGGAGGGGCCAUGGGAAAAUUCCUUCAGGUUGUUGCUUUAACUCAGGGUCUUGUCACAAGACUGUCAUGUCUGCCCCCUUGCAGCUUGGCAGCUGGGUAUAGCGUUCAACUUCUGAGUCUGCCACACUCUGCUCAUGUGACUGGCUGGCUCUCCCUCAAGCCAGCUAUAUUGCUCGCAAUCUGCCUCUGUUUCUAAUUCCUCUGAUGAAGCCUUCUGGCACCAGCUGGAAGAGGCUCUGCUUUUAAAGAUUUUACUUGAUUUGGCUAGGCACACCCAAAUAAUGGCUGUAUCUUUUGCCAGCUGAGUUAGAACUCAACUACCUCUUGGUGGGGGUCGGGGGGGAGCCCUUCAAGCCAGCGCAUAGAUUAGUAUUUGAAUAACCAAGGUAUGAAAACCCUGGGGGCCACCUUUAGGGUCUGGCCUGCCUUCUAAUAGAAUUACAGUCUUCCAAAACUAGAGAGUUCUGCAAAGCCUUACCCUGAGUCUCAAUCAUGAGGUGGGGCAUUUAUCCUUGAACUAUUUGCCAUGACCUUGGAGCUUGGAAGGAGCUGGCUGGCUACUAGAAGCCCGAAUUUCCCCCUUCCACGCUGGGAAUGCGGUUUGUAGAGGAUGGAUAAUUGGAUGUCUGGAAGCAUCAACUCCAAGGUAAUUUUCCUCUUGGCUAGAUCACGGCAGGAUGUCGCUGGACUUUUUUUUUUUUUUUUUUUUUUUUUUUUUUGGUUUGGUUUUGAGUCGGAAUAAAGUGACCUUGCUCCCCUACCAAGGGUUCUUCUUCCCCAGCUGGAGCAGUGUCCUGUGAGUCAUUUAAUUUUAGCCACCCUUUGUUGUCAGUGUCAGCUGGGACCUCUCGUGGCCACCGUUGUCAUGGUAUGAGUCCUAAUUCUCAUUCCCAGGUGAGUGAGGCAGACAGCCAAGGAGCUGGACUGCUUUUAGAGCUGGUCGAUUCUCCCCCUUUCCUUCAGAAGCCACUCUCCAGCCAGGCUGCUUAUUUCUAGGAGAACCAGGUCUGGAAUCCUAAACGGCUGCUGUAAGUAAAGGAAGAGGCCACGCCAAUCCCAGCAGGUAACCACAUUAGCUUGGAGAAGCAGCUGACUCAUCCUCGUUUGCUUCCUCCUUAUCAGCUGUCCCCAUGGUUCCCCAAUUCUUUGCUUUGGUGCCACAUCUCCAUUCUUUUCCUUUUUAUUCCCUUAAUUCCCGCCCCAUCCCACUUCCGGCUACUAGUUCCCGCCCCCUCAUCCCACUUCCGGUUACUAAUCUCUCGCGCCCCCCCCCACGCCCACCUCUAUUUUGAUGAGAACCCGAAGAGUUCCAUAACUGUUAGGGGUCAGCCCAUGCCGCAGUGUUUGCUGCUUUCUGACAAAAGGAUAAAUGCAGAAACCACGUGGCUCAGGUGCUUUCCAGGAAGGUAACGUCCAUGAAUAGCUCUUCCAUUUUUAUGUGAAUGUGCAUACAUGCCUAUGGGUCUUAAGGCCACAUUUUGUCUGGGUGCUAUGACUUUUGCGUUUCCCUCCCUCCCUCCCGCAAGGAAAUGAUUAUGCAUUUCAGUACUAUUUGUUGAGAAGCAAAUGGAUACCCAGACCCAGGACUGUUUUGGAGAGUGGAGAGGGGGCUGGAUAGACGAGUGAGCACUGUCAACGCAACAUCCAAGAAGUUCGCAGGGACACAUACCAGGGUCCUAGAGCUUAGCUGUCCUUGCAUGGAUGCAUUGCCUGUCUCUUUGCAUGUUAGACAAUUACAGCGCUUCUUGGGGCCAUAAAGCACAAGCCUCAGGGCAGGAAGAUAGAAAGUUUUCAGAUUUCCUGACACAGUAUUAGCAUUUGGGGAAAUAGCUAUGUUUUCCAGUACGAUCCGUCAUCCUUACGAGACAAGAGCUUCGCUUAGGACUUCCAGCAGGAAAGUUACUGGUUUCCAAUAUUCAGCAAUAUCCAGAAAGUGAGUUAAAGUAGUGCCUUCAGAAAUGAGAAUGGGCUUGGGGGCUGGCAGGGAGGGGUCGAUGGUUUGCCCAGUGACGCAGAAUGGACAAAGUAAGGGAUCAGUGGGUUUUCUGUAGCGUUCAUUUCCUACCGAGUUUAGUUAGUUUAGUUUAGUUUUUGUUAUGAAAAUGGAUGUCUGCCUUGUGAGUGCAAUACCUCUUGAGGCCAGAGGGGGCCUCCCUAGAGCUCUCUAGAGCUGGAGAUUUAGCUCUGGUCUGGCGUUGAGAACCGUAACUGGGUCCUCUGCCAGUGUGCUUACCACUGAGCCAUCUCUCCAGCUCACUGACAUUAGUUUUGAGUUUUUUUUUUUUUUUUUUUUUUUUAAAGACUGAUAUAAAGUGCUGUAGGAAUGGCUACAAGAGGAAUACUGUGAUCAAUACUAUAGAGCCCAACAACUGAGGACAAGACAAAAUGAAUUCCUUGCUGAAGCUCCAAGCCCUCGAAUCGGGUCUCUGCUCCGCGUUUCUGACCACCCAGGAAGAAGAUGGCCAAGUGCACGGAGCGAAGGACCCGGCCCCAGCUUCCACGCAGAGCGUGCCUGCGGACAGCGUGGAUCCUGCAGACCCCGUGCCAGCUCAUAAGGAUGCACAGGGCGACGCCGACGGUACGCCGGAUGACCUCCAGUCUGCAGGGACCAGCCGGCUGCUCCAUCACAUCACAGAUGGCGACAAUCCGUUGCUCUCGCCACGAUGCUCCAUCUUUAGCCAAAGUCAGAGGUUCAACCUGGACCCCGAGUCAGCUCCAUCCCCACCCAGCAGCCAGCAGUUUAUGAUGCCACGAAGCUCUUCCCGAUGCGGUGGUGGGGAUGGCAAGGAGCCCCAGACCAUUACGCAGCUCACUAAGCACAUCCAAAGCCUCAAGAGGAAGAUUCGGAAGUUUGAAGAGAAAUUUGAACAAGAAAAGAAAUACCGCCCGUCACACGGGGACAAGACUUCGAAUCCUGAAGUUCUGAAAUGGAUGAACGAUUUGGCUAAAGGGCGCAAACAGCUCAAAGAACUAAAACUGAAGCUGUCGGAAGAACAAGGGAGCACUCCCAAAGGCCCUCGGAGAAACCUGUCCUGUGAACAACCUCCAGGCCCCAGAGAAAAUGGCAAGUCGGAAGCUGUGGGACCCGAGCCAGGCUCCUCUGGUGAGGAGACUUCAGAUGCAGUGAUGCUGGAGAAGAGAGAGCAGAUCCCGCCCCAGGAUGAUGUGAAGGCAACUAAGCAAGACAAGAACCCCGUAAAGCCUCUUUAUGACCGAUGCAGAGGUCUCAAGCAAAUCCUGUCGACACCAUCCCUUAUCCCAACGAUUGAGGAAGAGGACUCUGAUGAAGACUGUCCACAGGGAAGUCAACCACCUUCUUUACCAGACCCAGUGUCCCGCCUACCCGUCAGUGAUCACCUCAUCCACUCGGAGAUGGAGCCCAUGAGGACCCUGCUACCAGAUGACAAGAAAGAAGGGAAGCAUCCUGCUCUCUCCAUGUCCAACUUGCACGAGGCCACCAUGCCUGUCCUUCUCGACCAUCUCCGAGAAACUAGGGCUGACAAGAAGAGGCUACGGAAAACCCUGCGAGAAUUUGAAGAACAAUUUUUUAAACAGACGGGAAGAAGCCCACAGAAGGAAGACAGGAUGCCAAUGGCAGACGAGUACUGUGCAUACAAGCACAUAAAAGCCAAACUGAGGCUGUUGGAGGUCCUCAUCAGCAAGCAGGAUGUGGCCAAAACAAUUUGAGGUUCGGCUCUGAUCACUUCCUCUAAAGAUAGAAGUCAAAUUUAUUUUCCUCUACCGUUCUUGCUCAGUAGUUCUGAUGUCCUGAAAGCGGAAGCACUUUAGAGAUAGUAUUAGCUGUUUUGAUGAAGGGAGAGCUAGCGUAAUUCUACCCAAGAAGGCGUCUCAAUAGGGAAAUGAUAGGUAAUAUUGGAAUGGGCAAAAGCCUCCAUGACAAACUGAAGUCCAGAGUCAAAUGUAAUUGUUUCAAAAGACGUCUAAUACCUUGUUAAACCAAAAUUAACACGUAGGCAGUCUACCUGCUUAGGAAAGGUUUAGAGGUGUCCCCAAGUUGAUUUUAUUGAUGUAUGUGAAGAACACGGUUUAAAUACAUUGGUGAGGCAAAGAAAACUUGUGCUCUACAUUCAGGGAGGAAAGCAGCCAGACAGAAGGGAAUUUAAGUGAGAUGACAUCCACUACCUUGUCCUCUAAGUCUGUAGACGGUCAACACUGUAAAGUGACUCAGCUGUGUCACUGCUAACCUCUUAUUUCUAUGGAAGUAGUGCAUCACUCUAUCUGUUAUUUGAAAAUUUACAUUUCCAGUUACCAAAGUUCACUUGGAUGGCAUGUACUUUGUGAAUUAUCUUUGUCUAUAACUGAAAAAUGUUUAUAUUAAAGUAAACUAUUAAAAUAGGUAUUUUGGAUAGAUGUGUCUGCAGUAAUAAGCUACUGUGCCCAUAGUACUAUUGCUGAUUUUCUUGUUUCCUAUACUAAGAUCCUAUAACUAUUUUUCCAUUGGGAAUAUGCAUCUUUGUUAAUGUUCCAAGGUCUGUACUUUAUAAAGUGAAAUACCUUUUUCGUGAGCUGCAUUCCUUCUGCACAGGGUAAGAAGCUUGGAAGUCACCAAGAGACCUUCUCUUUGCUUUAGUCAGUGUAUCUUGCUUUUUCUCCACUCACCAACGUCUCGGUUUGGUUUUUGUGAAAUCAAGUAACAGAUAGACAUUUUCUCAUUAUCAGCACUGUUCAUAUUUCUGUUUUCUGUAAUGUUUAAGCAUGGUGUUGAAGAAACUCAAGAUUUUCAUAUUGCUUGGGCGGAGAAAAGAAAACAGAUUCUAGACACGGACUAUGUCAGAGCGUGUUGUUCUCUCUGUAUUCACCUGACGUUUUCAACCUUUUAUGAAUCAGAGUAAUGGCCUUCAUAAAUUUGUUUAAUUGAAGUCAUCUACUUGUAACAGGACAGAUACACAACUAUUUGAGGUUUACAAAUUACAUCUUUGAUAAGGGAAAUGGUUUCGUGAGAUGUAUACAAUUGCUAUUAAAAUGUAACUAUAUUCUAUAUGAUUGUAAAUAUUUUAUACAACAUCCAAAUAAAAUAUUUUUCUAUUAUA